UUAAGAUUAGAUCUUAUAUGCUACAUAUUUGCACCUCUUCUCUACUACCUUGCUUCACACUAGUUGCACUUACACACCAAUUUUCUUAACUCCACUAGUAACAAUAUUUACCAUUUUUAGUGUUGUUAGGAUCAUGGGAGAACCUUCUUCUUCUUCAUCUGCUUCAUACAUUCAUAUGGUGCAACACUUAAUUGAAAAGUGUUUGAUCUUUCACAUGACAAAGGAAGAAUGCAUGGAAGCUCUUUCUAAGCAUGCAAAAAUUAAGCCUGUCAUAACUUCCACUGUUUGGAAUGAGCUGGAGAAAGAGAACAAAGAUUUUUUUGAAGCUUAUGCAAAAUCAAAGAGUAAAGACGAGCGAAUGUCCGAGGAAGAGACAAACCAGAUGCUACAGAAAAUCAUCUCAGAUUCCUCCAAAGGCUCAACCAAUGACUAAAAUCUAAUUACUCCAUUCAAAACGAUUCAUCUCUCAUCUCUAUGUAUCAUAUUUCAAUUUCUCUAUUUCCAACAAUCCAAAAUUACUAUGUGGUCCCUAUGUAUUGCAAUUUGCAUGCAUAUACAUUGUUGUUAUAUAUAUUGUAAAUUAUUCUA